AAACAUAUAAUUUAUGUUCUAUCGGAAUUAUUCUUGUUUCUAUCGCAAUAGAAUAUUUUUUUAUUACAAAUUUCUUAUAUCGUAUAUGAAGUGGCAAAACUGUAAGUCAAACCUCUGAAAGGCGGUCAACUAUUAAUCUAUACAAUCAAUAUCAAUUUUUCGGCUAGAAUUCAUUAACUGUAAGAAAUGUAUGUUUUUUUAAAUUUUUGUAUACUUAUUUAUAUAUUUUUUUUUUCAGGAAUUGAAGGAGCUGUACUAUUCUUACAUUACCCAAAUCGCGUUGGAGCGAGCUCGCUUUGGAAAGAAGCCGCUUCAAGUAAUUUUGAUUUUUAGAACGUCGAUUUAAAAAGGUCGAUUUGGCAAAAACUACCACUGAAAUAAAAAAUGCAUUUUUUGAAGUUUAAAUCAUCCAACGGCGUUUCAGCGUUAUCGCGUAAUAUGGACAGCUUAUCACUAUCGCGUCGUAUAUUAAAAAUCGCAGAGUCCGUUCUGACAAGUAGUUCGCUGAAUUACUUCGCGCGCGUUGCGCAGUUUCUAAUUUCAGUCGUUGAUAAACGAGCAAAAUGGGCUUGUCAAAUAGUUUUUCGUUCGAUUUGCGUGCUUUCGGGAAAUAUUUUUUUUACAUAUUUAAUGUUUAUCUUAUGAUACGCGGAGUGGGCAUGACUACCUGGGCUGCGAUACUAUUCCACGAGAUCAGUAAUUAUCACAGAGUCGCGUUGUGGAAAAACGGCGCCGCGAGUUCGUUGGUGAUGCUUAUGACUGUCGGCGGUAUCUUCAUUAUUUUAGCCAUCUGCGGCGGUGCAUUUAGCGGACUAUAUCUGUGCAACGAAAAAUGUAGGAAUCGAUGCGAAUACAACACCUACACGACCGUCAGGUUCGCACUUCUAUUUUCGAUUUUACUGAUUAUACAAUCAGCCGUUACAAUCUACAUGCUCGUAAUAACACCGACCAGUAGAAAAGAUUUUGAAGAAGCCUUCAAGAAUUACAAUUACCGAUGGGAGGACAGGGAGUUCGUAGAUUAUGUUCAGAAAAACUUAUACUGCUGUGGUAUCGAUUCUUCCUGGGAUUACGGCGAGAUUCUUAAAAUACCAGUCCCAUCUAGUUGUUGCAAUUCUGGGGUGACGUGCACUGAAGAUAUCAUAAGACUGAGACUAGGUUGCGCUAGUAAGCUAACUUUUUAUGAAUUUGUUUAUGGAUUUGGAUAUGCGUACAAAAUCUACGCAUUAGGCGGCUUCAUCCUGAUUCUCACCGUAGUUGAGCUAAUUGGUUUCAUCUUCGCACUAUGUCUGGCGAAUUCUAGAAGGAAAAGGAAGGGCCAAGAGACAGUACGUCAUUUCACGCAAAAAUGAUUCUAACAAAACAUUUACAGUCAGCUCUUACUCAUCUCGUCUGAUACUUUCGAGAGGAAUCUAACGCAGAGUUUGAUGCAGGAUAAAAAAUGAAUAUUAUUAUAAAAGCUGUUAUUUCUUGAACCAUGUUUCUAUCUUCUAAUUUUUAUUUAUUUUCGUCAUAUCUUAAUGUAUUACCCUCUGAUUCAAGUUUACACCUGAUAAAAGUCUGAAAAUACGAAAUGAGAAAAA